GGGGGCUUGGGACCCCCGAAAGGCGGACGGAGAAGAGGACAGCCCCGGGGAGACCGUGGCGAUCGCCCCGGAUGGUGGGGACGGGCCCGGGGAGCAGAUUUCCUCAUGCGCUCUUCGCUUCGGUGGAAAGUUCAAGAUGGGAGUGAAGGACCAAGGCCUGGUCUAUCUCCUCACCGGGGGCUGCGGCUUCCUCGGGGGGCACCUGGUCAAGAUCUUGCUGGAGAAGGAGCCCAGCCUGAAGGAACUGCGGGUGUUUGACCUGAAUCCAGAUCCUCAAAUGGAAGCGCUGAGUACAGGGAGGGUACGGGUGACCCUGAUCCCGGGGGACGUGACCCGCUCGGAAGAGGUGGCGGCCGCAGUGGCGGGAGCCGACGUCGUGAUCCACACCGCCGGCCUGGUGGACGUGUGGGGGAGAGUGCCCACCGAGCGGAUCUUCUCGGUCAACGUUCAGGGGACUCAGAACGUGAUCGAUGCCUGCGUGGAGACGGGGACCCGCUACCUGGUCUACACCAGCAGCAUGGAGGUGGUGGGACCCAACAGCAAGGGGGAUCCGUUCAUCAGGGGCAACGAGGACUCUUCCUAUGAGGCGGUCCACAAAGAAAGCUAUCCCAUCAGUAAAAGCCAGGCCGAGCGGAUGGUCCUAGAGGCCAACGGGAGAAUGGUCCGGGGCGGACUGCCCCUCGUGACCUGUGCCCUGCGCCCCAUGGGCAUCUACGGCGAGAAGCACCAGCUGAUGCUGGAUUUGUACCACUCUAGCCUGCUCACAGGCAAGCGCCUGUUCAGGCUGAUCCCCACGACCGUGGAGCACGGGCGGGUGUACGUGGGUAACGUGGCCUGGAUGCACCUCCUGGCUGCCCGGGAGAUCCAGUCUCAGCCCCAGGUCCUGGGCGGGGAGGUCUACUACUGCUACGACGCCUCGCCCUACAAAAGCUACGAGGACUUCAACAUGGAGAUCUUUGGGCCCUGCGGGAUCCGGAUGGUGGGCUCUCGGCCCCUGGUUCCCUACUUCGUGCUCUACUUGCUGGCCACCCUCAACACCCUCCUGCAGUGGCUGCUGCGGCCCCUGGUGGCCUACGCCCCUCUUCUGAACCCCUACACCCUGCUCGUCUCCCACACCCCCUUCACCGUCUGCACGGACAAGGCCCAGCGCCACUUCGGCUACUCGCCGCUAUACAGCUGGGAGGAGAGCCGGAGCCGCUGCGUGGCCUGGCUGCGGAAGCAGAUGAGUGAGACCGGCGGAGGAGGUGGAGCCGGGGGAGAAGCCGGGCUGUCUCGGAGCUGGGGUUCCGGCGUUGAGACUCCGGGGUGCCCGGGGUCCGCGGCCUCCGGAGCCAGUGUUUCCCCACUGGGGUUCCAGACCAGGGCCUGAGCUCUGCCGGGGGCCUUGCUGGGUUCUGGACACCCCGCCGCCCCAACCCCGCAAAGUGUCUCAUCCAGUCUCCAGGAUGUUCCCGACUCGCCCUUUUAUGAUCCAGAGGACCCUCCAUCUCUUAGUCAUUCUCUCGUCCCCCGGGCAUUCCAAGCCCAGUAUCUUCCUGACCCUCCUAGGGCUCGGCCUCCGGCCCGGCCUGGCCCAUCCCGCAGCCCUCACCCCCCUUUCUCCUUCCUCCUUCCAUCAGCGAUACCAGGGUUCCCUCACUGUCCCGGCCACCGUCUUUCCACCUGGGCUCUUGGCGUCUCUCCUGUCUCUCUCUCCCCAGGCUCAUUAGAGAUUUUAUGAUUUA